AUGUCUGGUGCAAGAGGAGGCCUUUUCGGAGCUGGUGGACGAUUCAAGGGAGGAACCGAUCCUAUCAUGGAGAAGUUCAACGAGAGUCUUUCUUUCGACAAGAGAAUGUGGGCCCAAGAUAUCAAGGGAUCCGUGGCAUACGCAAAAGCUAUUGGAAAGGUCGGCAUCAUUUCACAAGAAGAAGCAAACCAACUAGUCGAGGGUUUGGAAAAGGUUCGUCAGGAAUGGGCAAAUGGAACUUUUGAAAUCAAAGCAGGUGACGAAGAUAUCCACACCGCAAACGAACGUCGCCUCACUGAAAUUGUUGGCCCCGUCGGUGGUAAACUACACACUGGUCGCUCUCGUAACGACCAAGUUGCCACUGAUACCCGCCUAUGGACAGUCGACGCCGAACGGGAUAUUCUAAAGGACAUGGCCACUUUGUUGGAGGCCGGUGCCACAGUCGCAAAGGAAAAUAUCGAUAUUCUAAUGGCAGGAUACACGCACUUGCAGCCUGCUCAACCCAUCCGUUUCUCUCACUGGUUGAUGAGCCACAUGGCCCCAUUGAUGCGUGAUGCCCAAAGACUAAAGGAAAUGAUCCCUCGCGCCAACCAGUGUCCUCUUGGAUCUGGAGCUCUUGCUGGCAACGCAUUCGGCGUUGAUCGUGAGUUCUUGGCCAACGAACUUGGAUUUGAUGGCGUUACAUCAAACUCUCUCGACUCUGUUUGUGACCGUGAUUUCGUCGUGGAAUUCCUCAUGUGGCAUGCUCUCAUGCUCACUCACAUCAGUCAGUUCGCAGAGGAUGUCAUCAUCAACAACUUGCUAAAGGGUAUUUACAUCGACGAUGCCUAUGCCACUGGAUCUUCUCUGAUGCCUCAAAAGAAGAACCCUGAUGCCUUGGAACUUCUUCGAGGAAAGGCCGGUAUCGCCCUUGGAAGAGCCGUUGGUAUGACCGCCACCUUGAAGGGUCUUCCCCGAGCAUACAACAAGGAUUUGCAAGAAGAUAAGGUCCCAUUGUUCGAUUCUGUUGAUACUGUCAAGGAUUGCCUUGCCAUUUGCACUGGUGUCAUUUGCACCAUGAAGCCCAAGCCAGAAUACUUGAUGAAGGCCCUCAGUCCAGAAAUGCUUGCCACUGACUUGGCAGACUACCUGGUGCGAAAGGGAGUUCCAUUCCGUGAGACACACCACAUCAGUGGAGCAUGUGUCCGAUUAGCGGAAGAUACUGAAGUUGGCAUCGAUACACUUACUUUGGAACAAUUGCAAGCAAUUGACAAGCGUUUCGAAGCAGACGUGAAGGAUGUCUGGGAUUACGAAGUCAGUGUAGAAAGAAAAUGCUCCAUUGGAGGCACAGGAAAGGCGUCCGUGUUGAAGCAAAUCGACGACAUUAUUGCAUUCGCCAAGACACUUUAA